CCCGGCUUCCUUGUCGAUAGAAUUUGAUUAGUAAUUUAAAUAUUUGUUAUUGACAUUUUACAUUUAAAAUAAAAUUAAAUGCAAAUUUUAAUGUUAUUACAUAUUAUAGAGCGAAUUUGAGCGAACCACCUACUUAAAUAUGUAAAGAGGAAAGUAUAAUUUCUCCCGGCGUCUGGCAACAGUGAUUAUCGAAGUGUGUUUUGGCCACAACAGAUCGAAAAACAUUAUAUCCGAGUGCUCUCUGUGAAUGCCUAGUUUAUGACAUUUUACCUAAUUCGCUAUGUCAGGCUUCGACGACAAUCCGUUUGCUGACCCUUUUGCAGAACCUUCAAUCCAGCAAGCAACUCAAAGCUCCAACCAGAGUGGCUUGGAAGAAUACGACCCAUUCAGUGCCCAGCCAACAACAAAUAGUACUGUCGGAGUUGGGAAUACUGUUACUCCUCCCACAUAUGUUCAGCCUACAGUAUCGGCUGGUGCGGGUGGACAGCCUGCUGUGGUGACCCCCACCCCAGCCAAUCCACCAUCUUACACACCGUCAGCACAGCAGCAGGUCACAACAGCAGAGUUCCAGAGGCGACAAGAAGAACUUGAAAAGAAAGCCCAGGAAUUGGCACGAAAAGAGGAGGAAUUGAGAAGUGCUGGCACUGCGGGAGCUCGACAAGACAACUGGCCUCCAUUGCCCUCUGGGUUUCCUAUUGGUCCUUGCUUUUAUCAAGAUAUUAAUGUGGACAUCCCAUUGGAGUUCCAGAAAAUUGUCCGCAUGCUUUAUUACCUAUGGAUGUUCCAUGCUCUGAUGCUGUUAUUAAAUAUAUUAGGAGGUUUGGGUCUCUUCAUAGCCUUCAAAUCUGGUGUCACAUUUGGCCUUGCCAUUCUCUAUUUCCUGAUCUUCACGCCAUUUUCCUAUAUAUGUUGGUUUAGACCUAUCUAUAAAGCAUUCAGGAGUGAUAGUUCUUUCAACUUCAUGGUGUUCUUCUUUGUAUUUUUCUUCCAAUUGAUAGUGAGCAUAGUCAAUGCCAUUGGAAUCCCUUCCAUGGGAACAUGCGGCUUCGUCCUAGGACUCUCCAUUUUGGGUGACCAUGAGCCCUCAGCCAGCUACAUAGUUGGCAUCAUCAUAUUCAUGAUUGCCCUGGGUUUUGCUGCUGUGGCUGCCAUUGACGCCAUCCUCCUCAUUAAGGUACACCGAAUUUACCGAAGCACUGGAGCCAGUUUUGCUAAGGCGCAAGUGGAAUUCUCUCAAGGAGUAAUGAGAAAUGAACAUGUGCAGUCAUUCACUGCAAAUGCUGCAUCAGCAGCAGUACGAAACCAGUUCUCAGGGGCUACAACUCCUGGUGGCACUGCUGCUAGUCCUCGAUUUUAAAAUAGAAGCAACAGUAAUUUGACCAGGACUUGAGGCAUUUUCCCCCUUCCUUAGGUCUUCUGUCUUCUCAUUUACUAUUUGAAAGACCUGGAAGAUCAUCUAUGAAGUCUUGAAUGGUUAAAGCACAGUCAGAAUAGUCUAUACAGUAAUCAUUUUAUGUUAUAGGUGGUAGGCAGACUGGUUUCAAAACAUUUGGAUUUUAGUUCUAUAAGGAAUGUAUAAAAGUUGGUUCAUUAUUAUUUGUAUUGUUUGAAGAUAAAUUGUUUUAUCUUCUUUAGUUACCAAUUAUUGGAUAUUUUAUCUCAUGGCAAUUAAAUUUUUCUUUCAGCAAUUGUAUAUUAUUGUUUAGUAGCAGCACUUUAGAAAUACUUAUUAUAACUUUUAAUGAAAGUGUACAAAAAGUGUCCAUUUGGUACUAAAUAAUUUGAAGGAGUAAUUUGAAUGUCAUAAUAUUUAAUUUAGUAUUACUUAUUAGAACUAAAAAAAUUUUGCCAGUAGAUGGGUUAAGAAGAAAAUAAAAAAAGCCUUCCCAAGGCUUUGGAGAAAUCUUAGCCAUUUGAAAUUUUGUAGAUUUUUGUUGCUGAAGAUCACCAAAUUACUCGUUACAAUUGUAGGCAUUUAUAGUUAAAAUAAGAAUGUGUUUGAAACUCGAAGUGGCAAAAUGUUUUGGUAAUGAAAAUGCAUCUGUUCAUUUUAUUUUCAGUGUGGGCUAAAUACUUACACAGCUUUAUUCCUGAACAUUUAAAAAUAACUGACAUUACUAUUUUCAAUAAUAUUGUUCUUGGUCCACUAAUAACAUUGCGCCAUCAACAUUGCAGGGUUCCCUACGCAAAAUCUGUAAUAGUUGGGUUGGAUGUUAUUUUAGUACCACUACAGCCCUGAAGUCUUUGAUGGAUCACUGUGGCCUCAUUUGUAUUAAGAGAGGAAAAUAUGCUUUGCAUGACUCCUAUUGUAUGAUGUAAAUAUCUUUGCUUCAGUAUAAUGAUUGCCAAAUACCUGAUAUUACUGUAGUAGUUGUAUUAUUUGAUAUUUACCAAAUAAAAAUAAGAACGUUCUUGUAAUGCAGUCUGAAUGCCAUUCAAUUUUAUUUAGUGAUUUAAGUAUAAUUUUUAGUUAAGAGAAUUUUUGUGAUUUUGAGAAAAGGCAGAUUCCUGUUGUAGCAGGUUGACAGAUUGCUGUACUUAAAUUUUCCAUGGUUCUCUUACAAAUCAGUGAAUUAUGAGAAGCUGUGAUGAAACCAAUCCUUCAACUGCAGUUUUGAAGAUAUAUAAAUUUCUUAAAUAAUUUAGGAUUAAGGGGUUACAUUUUGAUGAGGUGAACAUAAUUGUGAUUGAGACGUUCAUGCUCUAGUAAUUGUAAGGUAUUGUUUUGUUCGUGAUUUUGGCUGAAAAGUUGCCAUAUAUACUAACUUGCAAAUUAAAAUUGGAUUGAUGAUCAUAGGUUGAUGUUGGAAUGCAAAGGAAGAAUAUUGUCUGGUGGGAUAGUUUAUUAUGUUAAUGAGACAUGUUUUGGUUGGUUAAGAGAUGUAUGUCAUUAUUGCCUAUUGAGAUUGUUUCACAGGAAUUUUUAUUUGUAUUUGUUGCUUCAAGUAGUUUCUCUCCGUGAGAAAAUUAUGUCUUGAUUUGUGAUAUGCAAUAUAUAUAUAUAUUUGUAGUUUAUAAAUAAAUUUCAAAUGGUAGCCUAUAUUUUAAUGCUUAGUUGUAGUAAUGUUAAGUCAGGCUAAAGAUAGGUCUCUUGUUGGGGGGGGAGGGGGGAAUAUGGGUGUGAAAGGGUAAAUUUAAUUGCUAUUGCUUCCUAGUAACUAAAUCAAUGAGGGUCAUUUUUUUCUCUUUCCCAACUGUAGAGCUAAUAUAUUACACAAGAACUGAUCGAGUUUCUGGAGGACCUUCCAUAUUUUGUCGUGUUUUCUUUAGUUCAUUUUUUUUUUUUGAAGUUCCAUGUUAUGAAUUUAAAUGAAAUACAGUACAGUGUAUAUAAUAUAUACUGUAAGUGUUCAAA